AUGGAGACCAAGAUCCCGCUGGUGCCCACGGUGGAGCGGCCAAAGUAUGAAACUCCGCGUGCAAUACUGCAAAGACCGAAGACAAUGUUGAUCCAGUGUCGGAAGGUCGAGACGAGCCAGGAUCAAGGCACUCCUGACUGCCUACCCUCGGACGAGUCGCCGUCGGGCAAACCACCGUCGGAGAUGCGACCGUUGAAUCUAACGUCUGUCGCAAGCGAGGAGUCGAAUCUGUUGUCUAUUGCAGACGAAGACCCUGUAUCGCAUGCCACAAUGGUCAGGGAGGCGCUGGAAGAACUCGAUCAAGUGGCGCCAGACACAUGGGCGACGAAUUCGUUGGUGAGGGAAACUACAGACUGGAAGGAAUGCGAGAAGAGGAUGGCCGAGAUGGAAUUGAAGGCGCCAACCAGGAUCAACUAUAUUCAAGAGGCCAAGAUCAAGGAACAUCGCCGUCGAAAUGCGGUGGGCACAUCGGAUCUGGACCUUACCUGGGACUCAGAUCAAGAUUAUGAUGAAUGUGUGUAUUACAAUGAAGGAAGUCAUCUAUACGCCGAAGACGUCGAUGGUCAGAUGGCGGUACUGCCGGAGGUGCCUGUGACGACGGAGGAUGUGAAGAUCGAGGACAUUCAGCUUUCUGGAUCUGAUAAUCAGACCCCAGAAGAAAUUGACCGACUCCGCCAAAGGAUCUGGAAGUUCCGACAUCUCUUGAUCGGCAAAGGAAAUCCCCUUCCACCGGCGGCUAGAGGUGUGGUGUGUGAUAUCGACGUCGGGGGGGGGGCGAGACCUAUCGCCCUCAAGUGUCGUAAGCUGCGGAUCCAGUUCAGGGAGAAGCUGGCCGACUUGAUCAAGGUCGAAAAUCUACUCAAAGCAUGUGAUGAGUGGAAUUUGUCGAUCGGUGUGGAUAAGAGCUUCUGGGGAAUGCCUAAGGUGGAAUAUCUCGGGCAGAAGGUCUCGCACAAUGGACUGGAGGCGAACCCAAAAGACCUGUCGGCAUUGACGGAUCUAGCAUUUCCAGGAUCACUUGGACCCAUGCAGUCAUUUUUGCGAAGUCUGAACUAUUACAGCCGAUUUAUCAAAGACUACGCGAUCUACGCGUCAGUUCUGUAUGAAUUACGAGAAACCGACUUCGCUGCAAUGAUGAAGUCCAAGCACGGAUCCAACAAGGCCACAGUGGUGGUGUACGCUAGCGAUUGGGCCAUCUCGGGAUCAUUGAUGCAAGAAUACGACCAGAUCUACCACCCCGUGACGUUUGCGAGCCGUACUCUGAAGUCGAAUGAGUUAAACUAUGGCAUCGCGGAGAAAGAGGUGCUAGCCCUUCUGAGGAUCCUGGAUCUAAACUACAAUACGUUGAUCACCAAGUGUGUCAAGGGAGAGGAUGAGAUCUUAGGAGCACUGGCAGCCAGUAUUACCCCUAGAUCAGAAGUGGAUAAGGCAUUGAUCUCAAUUGCCCCUAAAAAGGAGCCAAGACGUAAGAUCCAAGCUCCGAUCUCCAUUAUUAGACGGGAUGAGGAGCUAUAUGUCGUCAGUUUCGAUGGAUCGGCCCGUGUCAAGAGAGGUGGAGGCGCCUACAGCGCGAUCCUGUGGAAGUUGCCCGAAUGGAGAGUACUGAAAGCUAGAUCAGGGUAUGCUGAAGACUUGACGGUGAAUGAGGCGGAAUAUCAUGGGUUGUUACUGUGUCUGGAUCUGUUGGAGGAUCUGGAUCCACGGCGUCUGGUGAUCUGCGGAGACUCAAACCUGGUGAUCCGCCAAGUACGAGGAGAGAUCGAUUACUGGAACGGGAGCGCUGACAGUCUAGCGAGUGCAGCUCUGCAACGGCAAUGUGGGAUCGAGAUAGAAUCUGACACGGAGAUCCAGGAUCUCAUAACGUUGAAUCGGUUGGAUGAGAUCUUGAUAGUGAAAGUCGAUGAAGGGGUCGCACAGAUAUCGGCUGUGACGACCCGAUCUAAGGCUAGAUCGGGAGUGUGUGUUGGAUCUGAUCCUGGCUUCCUACAAGAAGAGGUCGUGAGAGAGCUGCGGAUCGAGCGAAUCCGACAAGCACAGGACGAGGAAUCGUGGAUCACGGGCUUGAAGAAGUAUCUGGUCGGGGAGAUCCGAGAUCUGACACAAGAAGAGGCUAAGAUGUUUGGAUCUAUUGCUAUGAAUUACGAAGUGGAACAGUCGGAUCUACUCUUCUAUUGCCCGACAACUAAAGAAACUGCUGCAGAUCGAGAUAAGCUGAUGCGACUGGUGAUACCUGAGACUCUUCAACAGGACAUUUUGCAUCACUAUCACACAAGUCUACAAGGGGGUCAUCAAGGAGUCGGCCGCACCUACGAUCGGAUCCGUGAUCAUUUCCACUGGAGAGGCAAAGGAAGACCCCGGAUCCAGGGCGAGUCACCUGGUAACCUUCAGGCGACAUACCCAUUCCAGAUCAUUGCCAUGGAUCACAUACCUUCACUGCCUAGAUCCUUCAGUGGCAACACCGAAUUGUUGAUCUUCGUGGAUCUAUUAUCGAGAUAUGUGAUCGCCAAAGCCAGCGUCUCUAGAUCCGCUCAAACAAUCGCUGAGACCUACGAAGAAUGCGUCUUCCGCAGAUUUGGCGUUAGCGAGGUGAUCGGGCAUGAUCGGGAGCCAGGUUUUAUGUCUGACUUUUUUAAGUCCUUCAACAAGAUCUUGGGUCAACGUCAACACGCUACUAUGGCUUAUCGACCCCAGGCUAAUGGAUCCGCAGAGCGCAACUACCAGGGCUCUUAA